CCAGGCUGUCGGUCCAUUCAAAUACCCAACAGAAAGACGCGCGGAAAACGCAGAGGAAGAGCUUCGUAUCGGUCUCCUCGUCCGAAACACGCCUCUUCCAAUCAUUCCUCUCUGCCAUCGAUACCAUCGAAUUUCCCUCGUUAAUAUCUUCACUGUCCAAAGCAAAACAACGACAUGCGUCCAUCUCUUCUGUCCAUCUUCAUAUUCUCUUCCCUUUCCAUCCUUCACAUUGCAGACUCGCUCUGUGAUGCCGAAUCCCAAUCCCACCUCCUCCGUCCAUGCAAAAGAGUCCAAACCCAGAUCAUCCACCGCAUCGAACCGGUCCAACUGCUCUUCUUCCUCAACCUCCUGGAUAAAAGCGAUUUUCGGCUCCGGUAGGCGGUGCCAGAAUCCCGACCUCACAGAAGAGAGCCUUGAAAAGUUCAACCGCGAGAAUGCGGCCAACGACGCAAGGAAGAGCGUUCGCGACAGCCCCUACUACAGAGGGCUCACCAGCUCGGUUCCUUACACCGCCUCUCGGGUCAGCAUGGGUCGGGAGAGCCGUCGGACUGCCACGACCUCCACGAGCUCCAUCUCGACGGUCCUGACCAUGCUGCAGGAGUGGGGAUCCUCUUGCUUCCCAAGCAAUAGGGAUUCGAAGCCCGCAGCAAAAAGAUCUGGCCGUCCUCCUCCCCAUCCUGUAAUCCCCGUGAAUUCUAGGGCUUCUGUAUCGCCAUCGGUGAUACUGCAAAACGAGACGGGAUUGAGGAGGGAUGAGAUUGGGUCAGUCGGACGGAGGAGUCGGAUUGAAGACUUGUCGGCCGAGCAGAGUACCCCGGCCGAAAGGAAGCCAUUGAGGGAGAGAGUUCUGAUUCCGAUGAGUAGCGUCGGCAUCAGCAUAGGUCUGCAAGAGAUGCGCAAGGAACCAACAACAAUAAUGAAGGAGAAGGAAUUUGUAUGGGCUGACAAGUACCGACCAAAGGUUCUCAACGAUUUCAUCUGCAACAGAGAUAAAGCUGAUUUGUUGUGUAAUAUGGUUGCUCGGCAAGAAUGCAAUCAUUUCAUAUUCGAAGGUCCUCCCGGAGUGGGGAAGAAAACAAUGGUCUGGGCUUACCUAAGAGAAGCUUUUGGAAAUGAGACGUUGGAGACAAGAGAGGAGCUGAGGGAGUUCAAAUUGAAGGGAGAAAUGGUGCCCAGCAUCAAAGUGAAUAUGAAAAAAUCUCCUCGACAUGUUGAGAUGAAUCUAUCUGAAUUGCGUGGGUAUGAGAAACAUGUCAUAAUGACAUUAAUAGAGGAGACACAUGGCACAGCUCAGAAAUGUGAUCUUGCUAAUUGUCAAGCCAUUGUUCUUUACCGGGCAGAUAAGCUUUCUGCAGAUUCUCAGCAUUAUAUCCGUUGGAUUAUGGAGCGGCAUAAAGGCUGCAAUAAGAUCUUAUUUUGCUGUUCUGACAUCUCCAAGCUUCGUCCUGUCAGAUCUAUUUGCACACCCAUUCAGCUUCUACCGCCUUCGAACAAUGAAAUUGUCAAAGUAUUGAAGUAUAUUGCUGAACAAGAAGGCAUUGAACUGCCUCAUCAUCUGGCGGAGAGAAUUACAGAGAAAUCCAAACAGAACCUACGGCAGGCAAUUAGAUCAUUUGAAGCCUCCUGGCAGUUGAACUACCCCUUUAAAGAAGACCAGGUGAUUUUGACCGGAUGGGAAGAAGAUAUCGCCAACAUCGCUAAAAACAUCAUUGAUGAGCAGAGCCCAAAGCAGCUAUAUAUGAUACGAGGGAAACUUCAGAAUCUUAUAGAGCACAAUGUGUCGCCGGAGUUCAUAUUCAGUACUCUGGUGUGUGAAUUGAAGAAGCUUUCGGACGACCAGUUCCAACCCAAAAUCGAUGCCUUAUAUCUUGAAUAUAAUCGGGAUAGUGGAUUUCCCUUGGAGGGCGAGAAGUCUCUAGUUCUUCUAUGCAGCCAGCGGGAGGAGUUGGAUAAGAGGAUUAUUGAGCCGGAGAGGAAGAAUGUUUAUCAUUUCAUGAAGAUUGAAGAAUUUACAGCGAAAUUCAUGAGCCACUAUAAGAUCUACGUGAAGACAAACUUCAGAGCAGAAAAUGGUUUUGAAAUUUGAAGAGCAAGUACUUCCAGUAAAGAUGCUUCUUAUAUAUGUAUGUACAGAAGACAUCGUGAAUGCAGUGGAUAUGGAAAUCACUUGAGAUCCACCGUUAAUACAUCUUGUUAAUACA